GACAUUUUUAACGACCACAGACGUCAGUUUUCAGGGACUCGAUUUCGGUGUUUGGAGAGAGAAGGCAACAUCAUGGCGUCUGGAGCCGGAGACCCGUCCACUGGACAUGAUGCAGAAUUGGACGAAUUAUUGGACAGUAAGUAAUAAGAUGAAGUUUCAGGAGUGAGUUUCCUUAGUUUUGACGCUCCCGGGGGUUUAAAGCGAUGUUGUUCCUCUCUGUUAGCUCAUAUGUUCAGUGGGACCUCCUCCCAUUUCAGUCCAGGGUUUCGACAAACAGCUCCAAACUUCACUGUGACAGUUGAUUAUUUCAUGCGCCACAACAACCCCGUACAGUUAAACCUGCCGUGGACCGUGUGAUAAAGGACUCUUGGGUUUCUAAUGGGAGUUAAUUCAGCUGUAAACAACAAUUAUCAACUGUAAUGCCCUUGAGCUUUUAUCCAGUCGGAUUUAGAUUCAAUCAAAGUUUGACUCUCUUUCUGGAAAUCCUGUACGCCUGGUUCUCCUCUCUAAAGAGAGGGGGGACCACCCUGCCUUUCAUCAACUAUACAGGGAUACAGAUCUUGCAUAUUCUAGCAUGACAAUGACAAACUAGAUUCUGCAUGGCUCUGUAGUAGAAGAGUGCUGCUGCGAAACUGGCCUGCCUGCACUCCUGACGCAUCCCCUGUUUCCAUAUGUCGAGUUUAAAUGUUUUGCAAACCAUCAAAUUUGGAUUUCAUUAACAUUUGACAAAAUACAACAACGUUUUGAAAAACUGGGGUUGUAUAAAAAGCUCAAAUGCCAUUGAAAUUCAAUUUUCCGUAUAGUACUAUAGUACUGUCAUUGUGGGCGGCAGUAGCUCAGGAGGUAGAGCGGUCGUCCAAUGACCGGAAGGUUGGCGGUUCGAUUUCCCCCUAAUCCAAGUCUGUCCGUUGUGUCCUUGGGCAAGACACUUAACCCACCUUGCUCCCAGUGUGUGUCCUCCACUGGUGUAUGAUUGUGAGUGUUGUGUGGUGGUGGUCGGAGAGACCGUAGGCGCAGAAUUUUUCCACCACCACCAAAGUGCGUGAGCGAAUGAAUGAUGUAUCCAAUGUAAAGCGCUUUGAGGGUCUCUGAUAAAGCGCUAUAUGAAAUCUGAUGCAUUACUAUGAGGAGAAGUAUUACAUCAAACUCAAAUAUAACUCAUAACAAAAGAGGUGACUGUUGUUUUUUUACAGCUUCAAAAUAGUUUCAAUCUCUGCUGGAAUAUAUCAAAAACUGUGUGAUAUGCAGCAUUACCUAAGAGGAAGAUACAAUAUAUGUUACUGUUAAGCUUUAUAACACUGUAUGAGAUGGAAAGAUUUGCCACACAAGCUGUUUGAGUCGACUUUAACUCCUUUCUAAACCUUUUUUUCCAGAUGAUGUUCACUACAAAUGUGGAUAUGUACUAUAUAAAGAAUAAUCACGAGUGUCAUUAGUUUACAUAUUACAGCAGCCUCGUCUUCCUGGGGUCCACCGUAGCUUUCAAGUAGCGACAGUGUAUUAACGAAUUUACAUACUGUGUAACAUUUUCCAUUAAUGAGAUAACAGAUUGAUCCCUGAUAGAAAACAUGUCAAAAUAAACUGAUCUUGACUGCAGCAUCCACUUUCUUGUGUUCCAGGUGCCUUGGAUGAUUUUGACAAGACUCCAGCUCCUCCAGCCCCAGAACCUGCUGCUGCUUCCUCCUCAGCCAGCUGUGGUCCAGAGAAGGUUUGUUUGAAGUUCUCUGUGUUUUGCUUUUGUUGUUAAAAGGAAAGUCUCAACUUUUUUGAACUUCAGGGGAUGUUUAGUGAUAGGAAAUAAAGACGUAUCUGAUGGCAUGGAGUCUUCUCUUGAGCCUCAAAGUUGUUCUCCUUUGUGUAGCCGCCUCUGCUUGAAGACUGCAAACUCUUCGAGACCCUGUUCGAGGGGGAUAUGGCUGCCCAAGCCAAGGAGGAAUGGGAGAAGGCCAUGACCGAGCUGGCUCAGGAGGAGCCUGAGUUACUGCAGCACUUCCAUAAACUGUCAGAGGCUGCUGGCAAAGUUGGUAAGGCUUCUUUGCAUCAUUCCUGCUUCUUUUAUAUUCUUAAUUUUUUGAUCUCAGAGUCGAAAAACUGACUGUGUAUUCUGUUCAGGCACUGACACCGCCUCCCAGCAAGAAUUCACCUCCUGUCUCAAAGAAACCCUCCGGGGUUUGGCCAAAAAUGCAGACAACCUGCAGGUGGGUAAAGACAGGGUUCAUGAAUUUCAGGUUUUCCAUCCUAAAGAGGGGACCCUUGAAUGAUACAUAACAGGUGUAGUCACUUUUAGUAAUGAACUGCAGGUCAGCUUCUACGGUUUCUAUGGUUACAGGACGCUCUUUGCCCAGUGCCCAAAUUUCCUUUCUACAUCCGAGUUUAUCACUUAAAAAGCUGUCCAACAAUUUGCAUUAUAAAAAUGAAUCAAAUCCUGAGUUAUGAUAAAGUUAAGUUUCACGCUGUUAUGUGGUUUUAAAAGAUUUCACAUUGCUUUCAUAAGGGGCUUUAUUCCUUUUUCGUGUCUCUCUGUGGUAUGAAAUGCUAAAGACUGAUUUGAAAAGCUUCUCAAACUAUCUGCAUUGUCCUCUUUCAGUCCUCAGGCUUAGCGGGGGAUGACCUUGUGAAGGCUCUGGAAGGCCUGGGAUUGGAAGAGGGCGGUGAAGGAGGCGAUGAUGGAAACAUCCUUCCUAUCAUGCAGUCCAUCAUGCAGAAUCUCCUCUCUAAAGAAGUGCUGUAUCCUUCGCUCAAAGAGAUCACUGCCAAGGUUUGCAUCUAUCUUACAAGCACACAUUAUGUACCCCAGGCUCUCUUUAAUGCUUCACUCAUAAAUAUCUCUUGUACUCACAGUAUCCUGAGUGGUUGGAUGCUAACAAGCCAAAUUUAAGCCCAGAGGACUUCCAACGCUAUGAGCAGCAGUCUAAAAUCAUGGGGGAGAUCUGUAAGCUCUUUGAGAAGGAGGAGGAGGGAGCAGCGGAUAAAGAGAGCACCUUUGAGAACAUCAUGGACCUGAUGCAAAAGGUUGGCACACUCUGCCUCUCACUCCAGGGCUGCUGGUUACAUAUGAAUGAAAGUGUGGGAAAUGAAUCCGAUUCAGUCUGUUGCUUCUUGCUUUUAGAGGGUUUAGAUUUUGAACCAGUUUAGAUCUCUUCUGUGAUCGUACACACAUGCAAAUGAAUCACCUGUUACAUUACCAUUUGGCAGAUUAGCGUGCACAAAGGUUUAUUGUUGUACAUUUCAUGAAUGGACCUUUUUCUUUUGUUAAAUAAUGUAACACUUAUGUUCACAUAAUGUUUUAUUUACAGCUGCAAGACCUCGGCCAACCGCCUAAAGAGCUGGCAGGUGAUACGGUGAGUUUUCUGCUGCUCUCAGUCAACAACAUUAAGAGUUACAAUAUUGUUUAUGUCCAAAAUGAAUAGCUAAAGAUAUUUCACUGCUACUCUCAGUUCAAAAGGAUUUUUUUAUUUAAGGACUUUGGUGCCUGUCCAUGUUUUCUUAUCAAGCUUAAAGCAAAAGGCAUGUUGACGAUGCAUAGUUCAAAUAAUCAUGCAUAAUGAACUGUUAUGUAAUAAUGGGUGUUAUUAUGAUCAAAUAGCUAUAUUUUAAUAAACAGCUGAAAGAGGGAAUAUCGGCAUUCUAUAUCAGCCAUCCGCUGACCAGUUCUGUAAAUGUUUACACCAGCUUUGGAAAAAAACAUCUUGGUGGCCUGAUACCCAGAGGGCAACCUGCAGUGUCUGCAGAUAUGAUGUUUGUAUUUUUCAUUCGGCCUCAUGGUUGGAGGUAUCAGCUGAUGCAGGUUAUUUCAAAAUGCAGUUCUUCAGCCUAAUUUGUUCGGUACCUCUGUCAUCAAAUGUGUGAAUUAGCCGUAGCUGGUUAGCCUGUCAGCUUAGCCUCCAGAGCCGGUCAAAAUAGUUGGUAGCAGACAAACUGUGAUCCCAAAUCACUGAAACCUUCUUCUAAUGGAAAGACUCUGAAUGGAUAUGAUUGGCAGAGAUGUUGAGUUGCAUGUUUGGAUGUGAUGUGGGAUCACAGUUCAUCUGCUUUCAGUGACUUUGAUUAGCUGGACAAACAGGCCAGACUGGCUCAGACUGAAUUAGUUUUGUAACUAAACAGCCACGCUGUCGAUGCACAUAAAAGACAUCCAAAUAAACACACGGUCCCUUCUUUCAAUCGAUAUAUUGCAUUUAUGAACAAGCAGCAGUGAUUGGUGACAUAUCACAGUUCCAGAACUGGAUACAUGCUGCAGAACCACUCGUGUAUGGUAUUCACUCUUUGUGUCAUACCAUUGACCACUUUUCAGUCCCGCUUGAAUUCUGAAAUAGAAAAUAGCAACAAACCAGCUUGUUUUUUCCUUCAUUCUUAUUUAUUUUGGACUCAUAACGACCUUUUUCUGACCAUGGACAGAGAGCAAAAUCAAGGUGUAAAGAUAGGUGUAGCUGUGGGUGUCUAUAAUGCCAAAUUAAUAACUUUUAUUUGCAUCUCCUUUCAUUCCACUUGACUCUAACAUGACUGUAUCCUCCCUUUCCCUCCAGCCCCCUGGCUUCAACUUCGACAUGGAGUCCCUCAAUCUCCCAGGAGGCCCCGGAGCGGGGGCAGCAGAGCAGUGCUCCAUCAUGUGACGAGGUGGUGGUGCGGUCCAUCAGAAGCACUGGAGCCAGAGGGUCACUCUGUGUGGGCGUCAGAGACAGUCAGGCAGCAAAGGCAGGAGGAGAUGACAGAGAGAGGAGUGAAUGUGAGGCAUGAGUUUGACCGGACUGUCGACACUAUUCUCCUUCAAGCAGAAGGUGUGUGUGGGUGCAGGAACAUCAGGAGGAGGCAGGAAAAGCUACAGGAACCACACGUGCAAACACAAACGCUUCUGUUUUAAAUCACUGACCGCACAGAUGAGAACACUUCUACAUCCCUGCGUUUGACUGUCAGCGGUCUCCAUUAGCCCUUUAGCGGUUUAAUUUUAGCAUCAUUCCUUUAGUAUGAAAACACAGCUGCAGUUCUCUGUCUUAUUAGCAACGGUUUAGCGACUCGGUUAAAAUCUACCAAACCACUUCACGGGUAUGAAUAGUGCCUUUGCAAAAUGACUUUUAUUGUGUAAUUUUAGGCCUCAUCACAACGAACCGACUUUGAUAUCGUUCAGUUAAGCACUUCUGACUGCAGCCUCAAAAUGAAUUCAUGAGCUCAUCCCCAACAUACACCAAGAUAGUUUGGUACCUCGUUCAUUUGACUCCUUUGUUUCUGUACAGUCUGUAUAGGAUCUAAAUGAAGAGCUAAUCUAUUAACAUGUAAGGAAAUGGAGAUAACUGUGUGUACAUGAGUUAAUUAUUUAUAAGAAUCAAAAAAAGACUAAAGAGGAUUGAACACCUCAUCAAAAGUUCCCGGUUCCUCCUGUAAUCCAGCCAGAUUAUUUGGCAAUAAAACAAAGACCCAUUCCCUGUUACUGCCCCCCAGUAUGGAUUUAAAGUGAUUGCCAUGAUGAUUCCUGAAUGCCUUUGCUGUGGUUACAGUGAUCAUUAUAGUGUAGAGUUACGUGCAAAGUACUUCCCCUGUGAAUCCCUGUGUGUUUAAUGUUCAGAGUGGUGUUUUCUUUGGUAUGGGUUCCCUGUUAGGAAAGAAAAAAAAACACUUCAGAGGUAUUCACGAGCUGUUUACCGCCUGAUUACAUGAACGUAUAUCCUGUGCCCUUCUGUUUAAAGUACAUUAUGCUCUUUCCAGAAAAGGUGGGUAAAAACAGCCUGAUGUUAGCACAUUUCAGCUGCUGUUUGUUUACCCCACAGGCUGCUGAUGUCCAUGGACAAAAUUUACUGCUAUGACCAUACAGACAGGUCCAGAAAAGACACGACCAACAGAUCAUCAAUAACUGUAUAAUAAAGGGUUAUUGUAAAAGGAUUCAGUCAACCGUGCGCUGAAAAGAGCGCAGAUUUACAUGAAACACGGCUGAGGGUACGCUGCUUUUGAGGGCCAUAGAGGCCUGUGGUUGUCACUGCAGGGAGUUCAGCAGGAGUGCAAUCUAUUCAACUCUCAGGGGCUGAUGUUAAUUUGCCCAGAGCACCGUUUAAGAAAUGCAUCCUUACAUUUGACACUGUAGUCUUUGUUUUGUAAAUAUAUGAAAUAAAAUAUGUUUCAAAUCA